ACACACAUAACACAAACCUACUGAAUCACUUCACCAGGAAAUGAAACCAAACUUGUGAUAGCCCGCCUUUCUGCACACAGACAUGGCAGAGCCUCGUAUCCCGAUAAAGGUGAACCACCUCAGCUGUCCAAUCUGCAGCGAGGUCCUCAGGAAUCCUGUGACUAUUCCCUGCGGACACAACUUCUGCAUGCAGUGCAUCCAGGACCGCUGGAACAAUUCUCUCUUCAGCUGUCCUGAAUGUGGCCAUAAGUUUCCCUCCAGACCCCAGCUGAUCAAGAACACAACUCUGGCUGACUUGGUGAGGGACACCGAGAGGUGUGAUGCUGGCUGUGCGAGUGGGAAACCGCAGCAUUCGGGAGUCUCCACGCAGACCCUGAAAAGACCCUGGAGCUGUACAAAAAUGAAAAGCCCUUUAUGUUGGAGGCACAGAUGCUUCUUGGAUGUUUACUGUUGCACUGAUGAGCAGGUCAUUUGUGCACUGUGUGCUUCAGCUGAGCACAGGGGACAUACCAUUGGGUCGGUGAGGGGAGAAAGGAAGAGGAAGCAGGAGGAGCUGGAGAUGAGACAGAUUAAAUCCAAGCAGAUUCUCAAGAAACAAGAAAAUAAAUGUAGGAACUUGGAGAGGACUCUCGAACAGAUUCAGGAGGAGGCGAGAGAUACAGACGACUAUUGUGAGAGCGUCUUGGUCAGUGUCAUCGACUCCCUCCAGAGACAUUACCUAUCAGUGAGAGAGCUGAUCAGACGUCAGGAGGAGGCUGCAGCCGCUCAGGUUCAGAUCUCCCUACAGACCCUGCAGGUGAAGAUUGAGGAAAUGAAGAAGAGGAGUGCUGAGCUGGAGCAUCUGGCACAGACCGACAACGAUGUCCAUUUCUUGGAGAAAUGGCCCUCUCUGCAGCGCCUCUGUGACGAAGACUUUCUCCAUGCUCUCCGCGGAGUUUCACAGGAUCCACUGCUCCCCUUUGAGGUCACAAAGAAAGCUGUUGACAAGCUCGGGAGGCAACUUGAGGAAUUUUGUGACAAAGAAUUCACCUCAAUCUCUCAAACUGCUGACGGGGGAGAGCAGCAGGAGUCAGGAGGAGAGACAGAGCAGGACGACUUGCAAGGAUGUGAAGCCAGUACCUCACAGUCCCAUGGUCUCACUGGCGUUAACAAGACUCUGACUGAUCGGACUGCAGAGCCUAAAACCAGAGCAGAGUUCCUGCAGUAUGCAUGUGUCCUCAGCCUGGACCCUGCUACAGCUCAUGAGGACCUGACUGUUUCCGUAGGAGACAACGAGGUGAGGAUGAACCUUGUCAGGAUAAAAAACCCGCCAAUUCGUUCCCCCAAGAGGUUUAUCCACCGACGGCAGGUGCUGUGCAGGGAGGGGCUGCAGGCCGAACGCUGCUACUAUGAGAUCGAGAUGGAAGGAGACAAGGCUGAGAUUGCCCUCGCCUACAAAGGAAUAGACAGAAAAUCCCGCACUCCGCUGUCAGCUUUUGGGGCCAAUGCAAAUUCCUGGAGUCUUGAUCGCUCCACAAAGUACUCUGUGAGCCACAGAAAGGACAGCAUCCAGCUUACAACAUCCCCCAGUCAUCAUAGGAUCGGUGUUUAUCUGGAGUUCAAAAAGGGAACUCUGACGUUCUAUGAGGUGUCAGACAGCAUGAAGUUUCUUUAUAAGGUUGAAGCUGAAUUCACAGAGCCGUUGUACCCAGGCUUCUGGCUCGGAGAGAAAUGUUGCAUCAGGAUCUGUGAUUUGAAAUUGGACAGACUGUAAAGGCCUGAGUUUUUGAACUAUUUAUCACACGGAGCCAUGAAUGAAUUACCUCAUUAGAAGCAUUUUUUAUUGUCUUCUGAAUCUCUCUAACUUAAACUACGAUAUAUCUCCGGUUUAUGGUUCCCCCCGUUGCAUCACCUCAGGGACUUUGUUACUGGACUGUCAACUGUACAGACGAAUUCCACAUAACAUGUCGAUCACCUUUUUAUAACCUGAUAUAAGUCUGCCUGCGUUUUUUAUGUUACUUCAACUCACUAUAACUUAGAAGGAAAUAUGACUAGUAGAUAUAAUAAAAUGCAGUUAAACCAUAGUCUACAGCAUGUCAGCAUGCUAACUCGCUCAUAAUGUCAAUGCUUAUAUGCUUUUAAGUUUAGCAGGUAUAAUGCUCUCCAUGUUCACCUUCUUAGAUUAACUUAUUAGUUUAGUACUUUAGUGCUAAUUAGUGCAAAACAAAAAGUACAGCAAAGGCUAAUGGGAAUGUCAUUAAUUUUGUUAUUAUGUUUUUUUAUUAAGUGAAUUGAAAUGUUGACCAGAUGAUGGAACAAGAGUCACCAAGAGAUUACAAUUCAUCCUGAGGAGCAUGAAUGUGUGUACCAAAUUUCAUGGCAAAGGUCGACAUUGACAUCCACAAUAAAAAUGUCUUCCACUGUGGAAAAAACACA